AGAAGUAAUAUAAAUCGAAUAAUUAUGAAUGCCAUUAAUACAUGGAAUGACACUAAAACAAUUCGCUCAUCCACCAAUAAAAACUAUACUCAUGAUAAAUAUUCUGCAAAAGAAGUUUCAAGUAACAACCAAAUAAUAGAAAAGGAUCUUAACUGUAAUGAUAUAGAGAGCAGCAAUAUAAGUCAUUGUUUCGAGAAACUGCAGAUAAAUACACUUUGGUCAAAAGCUGCAAGGAGAAAUAAGAGGAAAAAAAACCAACUGAUACCUCUAAUUGAAAAACUAAGCAUUCAUCCCGGAUGUUCAAAACAAAAUGAUAUGAAGAAAUGUGCAGGAGAAAUAACAUCUAUAUUAAAUACAUUGGGAGUGGUAAUAAUUCAGCCGCAGUUAACAAUUAUAUUGAACAUUAGUACUCCUCUAUACCUAUGCAAUCCAGACUCACAGGAUCUUGAUAAUAUCAAUUACAUCUUCUUAGGAUCAAUAGAUGAUGUAUUUGGUCACAUUCUAGAACCAAGAUAUUCUGUAUAUUAUUCAAGAGAAUCUACCAGUUUCUUGCGAAUAGGAGCAUCGGUAUACUAUAACUCUAAUGAUCCGAAGAGUCAGUUGUGCUGCGUAGAAAAUGUAAUUUCCCAGCGAUUCGAUGUGCUUCCUCAAAAUGAACUUUACAAGAAUUCAAAAAGAUCAAAGCGUCGUGUAAAGAAAAGGUGUUCGAUGCAACCGUACCAUAAAGAAUAAUAGAGUUGGAGUUUCUGUCAAGAUUAUUUUAAAGAGGAAACAUUGGUUAGCUUGGAGUUGCGCAAUUGUAAAGGAACAAAUCCUACUUCUGCUUGUAAACGCUGUAUUUUUGACACACGAUGGCGCCAGCAUAUUUCAGCGGCGUGUCAUCAGGGAGUCGCAAAGUGACC